CUUCUUCAUUAAUACUAGUGUCCCUCAUAUAGUUAUAAGUGAUACUACCAUAAACUUCAUCAUAAUUAAUAUAAAAAUACCAAAUGUCAUUGUUCCAUAUAUACUGGUCCAUCCCUCCAAAUCCUACUAUAAUGUUAAUGAUAGCAUUACUCUCUCUUGCAUUAUCAAUUAUCCUACUAAUCACCUUAUUGAUGUUGAUACUACUAUGAACAUACAAUGGCUCAAUUACAGCCUGGGCUCAUAUACUGGACUCAAUGACCACAGUGCAGUGAGUGAACACUCUUUAAAUUACAGUAUAAGCAGUCUAAAACUAACUGAUGCUGGGAGGUAUACUUGUUCUUUCUUUGUUAGUGCUUUAAUGAGCACUAAUAUCAUACCCAGUAGAGCAAACAAUGAAUUCACAAGUAUAAUAGUUAAAAUUCCUAAUGGGGAAAAUCCAUCAGUUGCUCAGUUAAAACCUUAUUAUAGAGUUGGUGACAACAUUGAUUUAAUUUGUUCUGCCACUUAUCCUUCUUAUAUUACUACUAAUGUGAACAUGCAAUGGCUCAAUUCCUCUAAUCGCACUCUACACUCAUAUACUGGUAUCAAUAAUAAUACUGAACACACUAUCAGCUACAUUAUCAAUAAUGUGUCAUUAUCUGAUGCUGGACAAUAUACUUGCCAAUACAAUAUAUCAAGUACUAAUCAUUCAUUUGUUUUACCCAGUGAUAACUUAAGAACUUCAGUCAAUGUAACUGUUAAUGGUACUAUUAAAUCACCUAAACUAAUAGCAAUCAGUUCAUCUUCACUAAUCCUCAGUUGGAGUCCACCUGCUACUCAUCAAUCCAUUCCUAUCAUUGGUUACAAUUACACAUGUAUUGGUAUUAAUGUAUCAUAUACAAUGACUGGUAGUGUAUCUAAUACUAGUCUCUCAGUUACACUACUAGGAUUGAUACCAUUCAGAAAAUACACUUGCAAUGUUACUGCUAUCACUAGAUAUGGAAGAGGAAUAUCAGCUAAUGUUAAUGCUGUCACUGAUGAAGCAGCUCCUAGUAAAGUGACUUCCCUUAAUGUUGCUUCAGUUCAGUCUAAUACAUCAUUCCUCAUCUGGUGGAGUCUUCCUAAUGAAGCUAAUGGAAUCAUUGCUAAUUACACUGUUACAAUAAGUCAUUAUGAUAACAAUACUGUUAUUCAUAAUCUCACUACAAACAAUCUGGCCAUUACUGUAUCUACAGGAUUGAUUGAAUAUAUUCCAUACAUCAUUAGUGACUAG